GCGGCUGUGCUGACGAGCGCGGCCCGCGCGGUCCCGGGCCGGGCCGUGUGGGAGCUCCGCCGGGCAGAGCGUGAACCGGAGCCGGCAGAAACGCCCCGGAGGUUCGUAACGCGGCGAGGAAGGCGGUGUCGCUUUGCGGAGAGCCAGCGGGUAUCGGUCCUUGGCGGUACUCGGCUGGGCUCGGCUUGCCGACUCGCCGCUGGCAGCGGGAAGGUCCCGCUCCUUUCCUGCUGCCCCGGUCAGCAAAGUGCGCCGGCACCUUCAGGGGACGUUCACAGGAUGAGGGAGUGGAGGUACUUUGCUCUGCCAUCCUUUCUUCAAGACUAGAAAAGCUAUUUGCAUUUUGCUCACCAGUAAUCGGUGCUGUGGAGGUUAUCUGAGAGGAACAGCUUUAGAGAUGGGAGCCAAAAUGUUGAGAAUUAUGGGGAAAUUUUCAGUGAAUGCGUUGAAGUCAUCAAGUUUUUGCAAUAAGUACAUGUAUUUCAGAAGUACAAAAAUGAGAGUUGUGAGUGUGACACAGCGAAACUGCAGUGUGAGAAACUACAGUUCUCCACCAGGAGAUGUUAAGUCUCUGCAUUCUGUCAUUAAUCCUCAUAUAUCCAGAAUCCGAAACAUUGGCAUUAUGGCCCACAUUGAUGCAGGCAAAACUACGACAACAGAGAGGAUGCUGUAUUAUUCUGGAUAUAUAAGAACACUUGGAGAUGUUGAUGAUGGAGACACGGUGACAGAUUUUAUGGCACAAGAGCGGGAACGUGGCAUUACCAUCCAGUCUGCUGCUGUUACCUUUGACUGGAAGGACUACAGAAUCAAUCUGAUUGACACCCCAGGCCAUGUGGACUUCACAGUGGAGGUUGAGCGUUGUUUGAGAGUCCUGGAUGGAGCAGUAGCAGUAUUCGAUGCUUCAGCUGGUGUUGAGGCACAAACUCUGACAGUCUGGAGACAAGCAGACAAAUACCAGAUACCACGAAUUUGCUUUUUAAACAAGAUGGACAAAACCAGGGCAAGUUUUACAUACGCUGUUGAGAGCAUCAAACAGAAGUUGAAGACAAAACCUUUACUAUUACAGUUGCCCAUUGGAGAAGCCAAGACCUUCAGAGGACUGGUUGAUGUUGUGACUAAGGAGAAAAUAAUGUGGAAACCUGCUUCUGAUUUGGAUGAUGGAAAAAAUUUUGAGCGAAAGCUGCUGUUGGAGACUGAUGACCCAAACCUGUUCCAAGAAGUCCAGGAUGCAAGAAAUGCCUUAAUAGAACAAGUUGCAGAUCUGGAUGAUGAAUUUGCUGAACUGGUUCUAGGAGAAAAUAAUGAAAAUUUUGACUUAAUACCAGCUGACAAGUUGCAGUCCGCUAUCCGCAGAAUCACGCUAGCUCAGAAGGCCGUCCCUGUCCUCUGUGGCAGUGCACUGAAGAACAAAGGGGUGCAGCCAUUACUGGAUGCUAUUACUCUGUACUUGCCUGCACCUAAUGAGCGCUCACACGAGUUUCUACAGUGGUACAAGGAUGACCUGUGUGCCCUGGCCUUCAAAGUUCUUCAUGAUAAAUGUCGUGGACCACUAGUUUUUGUUCGAGUUUACUCAGGUUCAUUGAAACCUCAGUCAGCUGUAUAUAAUAUUAACAAAAGUUGCACAGAAAGAAUGAGCCGGCUGCUCCUGCCUUUUGCUGAUCAGCAAAUUGAAAUACCAUCACUAAUGCCUGGCAACAUUGCCCUGACUGUUGGGUUAAAACAGAGUGCCACUGGAGAUACCAUAGUGUCAUCAAAGGCUUCGGCCGUCGCUGCAGCACGCCGAGCUGGAAGGGAUGCUGGGGAAAAGAAGAGGUCUGUGGGUGGUGUAGACAGUCUGCUGCUGGCAGGUGUUGAGAUCCCUGAGCCUGUCUUCUUCUGUACCAUUGAACCGCCCUCCAUGGCCAGACAACCAGACUUGGAUAAUGCAUUGAGCUGCCUUCAGCGUGAGGAUCCAAGUUUAAAAGUGAAGCCAGAUCCUGACACAGGACAAACUAUCCUCUGUGGCAUGGGAGAACUACACAUAGAAAUCAUUCAUGACAGAAUCAAACGUGAAUAUGGAAUUGAGACUUAUUUGGGACCUCUUCAAAUAGCAUACCGAGAAACCAUCUUAAAUGCUGCCCAAGCUACAGAUGUAUUGGACAAAACAGUAGGUGAUAAACGACACUGUGUAACUGCAGAGGUAGAGGUGAGGCCCAGGUCAGGAGAAGGAGCAACAACAAAGCCCAUCAUCAGCUAUGCUGAGAAUGUCAGUGAAGUACUGCCCAAAGAACUCCAAGGAGCUAUAGAAAACGGAAUCACAAAUUCAUGCAUUCAAGGACCUCUGCUUGGAUUCCCAGUUCAAGAUAUAGAUGUGACAGUGCAAUCACUGACAGUGCACCCAGACACCUCGCACACAAUGGUAUCAGCCUGUGUCUCCCGCUGCAUGCAAAAGGCUUUGAAAAAAGCUGGUGUACAAAUACUGGAGCCACUGAUGAACCUAGAAAUCACAGUGAGUGAAGAUCACCUCAGUGCAGCACUUGCUGAUCUCGCACAGCGGAGAGGUAAUAUUCAGGAAAUUCAGUCUCGUCAGGAUAACAGAGUUGUGGUCGCUGCUGUUCCACUGGCAGAAAUGAUGGGGUACUCAACAGUUUUGCGUUCUCUAACGUCAGGCUCAGCAACCUUCACAUUGGAGCUUGCCAGUUAUCAAGCCCUGAGCAGUCAGGAGCAAAGUGCACUUCUUCAGAGGAGGAUGGGGUUGGUGUGAUCUUUACUCUCUAGGAACAGUAUUUUCUAUCCCCCUGUUAAAUAUUUUCAUAUGUACUGCCAGUGAGUUCAUCUCAGAUCAACUGGUGAUGGGGAAAAAUGAGUUAGCAGCUGUAUGAACAGACUGCUUUUAACUGUCCAGGGAGGAAGGUUCAAGAGACUCUGCUCUGCUGGCAUAACCUCAUGAUUGCAAAGCAGAGAUGCAACCACAAGUUGUUGCUUGUGGACAUCUGUAAUGAGAAGUGAUAGUCUGUAUCUCGAUUUGUUUUCAGCUGUAUAAAGGAUAUGGUUAUGAGCACUUUAGACUGUACAACUUGCAGGUAUUACUUCUACUGGUAGAAACCAGUUAUCAACCGGAAUUCAGGACUGGGUGUAACUUCUACCGGUGUUUUGCAAGAAAGUGAAAUAGAUACUUCUGCAAAUCAAGUAAGAUCUGUGCAAAAACAUGUCAAGAAAAUCAGUUUUUCCCAGGACAGUAAUUCCUACCUACCACCCUGCAGCAUGUUGAAAAAGAAUUUGUUUGUUUGUUUACCUUUAGAAAUUAGUGAAUUAAGCUGUAAUGGUUCUGAUUUGCUAUGGGUUGCAAUUAUCUGGUUACCUAGAAAAGUGGCAAGUGAUACUUUGAAAUAAAAAAGAUAGUUUGCUCCUAAUUUAA